ACUCCGCUCGACGCCAUGGGACUCACAAGCGACCCGAUCUACCAGAGACUCCAAGAAUGGUUCAAGUCCAGCGCGGGACACCUCAGUAUGAGGGAGAUGUUUGAUGCUGACGAGGAAAGGUUCAGCAAAUUUAGCACAAUCCUUCAGACUGACGAUGGCGACAUUCUGAUUGACUAUUCAAAAAAUCUUGUCAACGAGGACGUCAUGGAAAUGUUGGUUGACAUGGCAAAGUCAAGGGGACUGGAGGCCGCCAGGGAGAGGAUGUUCAUGGGGGAAAAGAUCAACUUCACUGAGGGUCGCGCUGUUCUCCACGUCGCCCUGCGGAACCGCUCUAACACGCCCAUCAUAGUUGGCGGUAAGGACGUUAUGCCGGAGAUCAACAAGGUGCUGCAACAGAUGAAGGUCUUCUGCAUUAAAGUGCGUAAUGGAGAAUGGAAAGGCUACACUGGAAAGUCCAUCACAGAUGUGGUCAAUAUCGGUAUUGGUGGAUCUGACUUGGGCCCUCUGAUGGUCACUGAAGCUCUUAAGGCAUACUCCAAGGGCGGGCCUCGUGUCUGGUUUGUCUCUAACAUCGAUGGAACGCACAUUGCUAAGACCCUGGCUGAGCUCAAUGCUGAGACCACUCUCUUCAUCAUUGCCUCCAAGACAUUUACCACUCAAGAAACCAUCACCAAUGCCGAGUCUGCCAAGGAAUGGUUCCUUCAGGCAGCCAAAGAUUCAUCCGCUGUGGCCAAGCACUUUGUGGCUCUUUCCACCAAUGCGCCCAAAGUGAAGGAAUUUGGGAUCGACACUGCAAACAUGUUCGAGUUCUGGGACUGGGUCGGUGGACGGUAUUCCCUGUGGUCAGCAAUUGGGUUGUCCAUUGCGCUGCACAUAGGUUUUGAGAACUUUGAGGACAUGCUGUGUGGAGCACAUUGGAUGGACAACCACUUCUACACCGCCCCCCUGGAAGAGAAUGCCCCAAUUCUUCUGGCCUUGCUUGGGAUCUGGUACAUCAACUUCUUCCUGGCGGAGACUCAUGCCCUGCUGCCCUACGACCAGUACAUGCAUCGCUUUGCUGCCUACUUCCAGCAGGGUGACAUGGAGUCGAACGGGAAGUACAUCACUAAGCAGGGCACCCGUGUGAACUAUCACACUGGGCCCAUUGUCUGGGGGGAGCCUGGAACCAAUGGGCAGCAUGCGUUCUACCAGCUCAUUCAUCAAGGAACCCGCAUGGUUCCCGCUGAUUUCCUCAUCCCUGCCCAGACACAGCACCCCAUCAGAAACAACCUGCACCACAAGAUCCUGAUUGCUAACUUCCUGGCUCAGACUGAGGCUUUGAUGAAGGGGAAGACCACAGAGGAGGCCAAGAAGGAGCUGGAGGCAGCAGGCUUUAGUGGAGAAGCGCUGCAGAAACUGCUCCCUCAUAAAGUAUUUCAAGGAAACAGACCAACCAACUCUAUUAUCUUUGAGAAGCUGACACCCUACGUUCUAGGAGUUCUCAUUGCUUUGUAUGAGCACAAGAUCUUUGUACAGGGAUUCAUGUGGGAGAUCAACAGUUUUGACCAGUGGGGAGUUGAACUAGGCAAACAGCUCGCAAAGACGAUUGAGGCGGAGCUUCAGGACGCCACCGAGGUGCACUCUCACGACUCAUCCACCAACGGCCUCAUCAACUUCAUCAAGAAGAACGAAGCCGUCAUGGGGCUAACAAGUGAUCCGAACUACCAAAAACUGGAACAAUGGUACAAGUCCAACGCUGGAAGCCUCAGUAUGAGGCAGAUGUUCGAUGCCGACAAGGAAAGAUUCAGCAAAUUUAGCACAAUCCUUCAGACUGAGGAUGGAGACAUCUUGCUUGAUUAUUCAAAGAAUCUCAUCAAUGCGGAAGUCAUGAAGAUACUGGUCGAGAUGGCAAAGUCUAGGGGAGUGGAGACUGCCAGGGAGAAGAUGUUCACUGGAGAAAAGAUCAACUUCACUGAGGGUCGUGCUGUCCUCCAUGUCGCCCUGAGGAACCGCUCCAACACACCCAUAAAAGUUGACGGUCAGGACGUUAUGCCUGAGGUCAACAAGAUCCUGGAGAAAAUGAAGGGCUUCUGUCAUAAAGUACGUAGUGGAGAAUGGAAAGGCUACACUGGAAAGCCCAUGACAGAUGUGGUCAAUAUCGGCAUUGGAGGAUCUGACCUGGGCCCUCUGAUGGUCACUGAAGCUCUUAAGGCAUACUCCAAGGGCGGGCCUCGUGUCUGGUUCGUCUCUAACAUCGAUGGAACGCACAUCGCUAAGACUCUGGCUGAGCUUAAUGUUGAGACCACUCUCUUCAUCAUUGCCUCUAAGACAUUUACCACUCAAGAAACCAUCACCAAUGCAGAGUCUGCCAAGGAAUGGUUCCUGCAUGUUGCAAAAGAUCCAUCUGCUGUGGCCAAGCACUUUGUGGCUCUUUCCACCAAUGCACCCAAAGUGAAGGAAUUUGGGAUCGACACUGCAAACAUGUUCGAGUUCUGGGACUGGGUUGGUGGACGCUAUUCCUUGUGGUCAGCAAUUGGGUUAUCCAUUGCACUGCACAUAGGUUUUGAGAACUUUGAGAAGCUGCUGAGCGGAGCACACUGGAUGGACAACCACUUCCGCACCGCCCCCUGGAGGAGAACGCCCCAAUUCUUCUGGCCUUGCUUGGGAUCUGGUACAUCAACUUCUUCCGGGUGGAGACUCAUGCCCUGCUGCCCUACGACCAGUACAUGCAUCGCUUUGCUGCCUACUUCCAGCAGGGUGACAUGGAGUCGAACGGGAAGUACAUCACUAAGCAGGGCACCCGUGUGAACUAUCACACUGGGCCCAUUGUCUGGGGGGAGCCUGGAACCAAUGGGCAGCAUGCGUUCUACCAGCUCAUUC